GCCAACAGUGUUCUAAGCACCGGGGAAAAUUUAUAUGGACUAUAAUGCAACCACCCCUCUAGAACCUGAGGUGAUUGAAGCUAUGACGGAAGCCAUGCACGAGGCCUGGGGCAAUCCCAGUAGCUCCUACGUAGCAGGUAAGGAACGGAGUUUGAGAGAAAAUGAUUUCUGAAUGGACAGGUCGCCUCUGGCAGAAGCAUUCAGGAGCCUUCCAAGUCGCUUUUCUGUUCCGAACAGAAUUUCCAAUAUCCGAAACUUCUUCCGUUCCAGUUUUUGGUUCCAGGCAGAAAAGCCAAGGAGAUUAUAAAUGGAGCUCGGGAAAAUCUGGCCAAGAUGGUGGGAGGAAGGCCCCAGGAUAUAAUUUUCACUUCGGGAGGAACAGAGGCAAAUAAUUUAGUGAUCCAUUCCUCUCUGCAACUCUUCCAAGAAGGCCAGAGGCAAGUACAGAGCAAGCCUGAGGAGCGGGAAGUGCACGUCAGUAAUCCUAAACCGCACUUUAUCACGUCCAGUGUGGAGCACGAUUCCAUCCGCUUGCCUCUGGAACGUCUAGUGAAAGAGCGUGUGGCAGAAGCCACCUUUGUCCCAGUGUCCAAACUGAGCGGGCAAGCAGAAGUCGAUGACGUUCUUGCCGAGGUCCGCCCUACCACGUGUCUGGUGACCAUAAUGUUGGCCAAUAAUGAAACUGGCGUUAUAAUGCCCAUAUCUGAAAUAAGUCAACGGAUCCAGGCCUCGAACCAGAAAAGAGCGGCUGCUGGGUUGCCUCGUAUCUAUGUUCAUACAGAUGCAGCACAGAUUGUGGGGAAGAGGCGAGUAGAUGUGCAGGAGCUGGGAGUCGAUUUCCUUACAAUCGUGGGGCACAAGUUUUACGGUCCCCGGAUUGGAGCCUUGUACGUGCGUGGGCCUGGUGUCACCACCCCUCUGUACCCUAUGUUAUUUGGAGGCGGACAAGAACGGAAUUUCCGACCAGGGACAGAGAAUACUCCAAUGAUUGCUGGUCUCGGCAAGGCAGCAGAGCUGGUACAUAAAAACUGCGAUGUUUAUGAAGCCCACAUGAGGAAAGUUAGAGAUUACCUGGAGGGCCGGUUAGAAGCUGUUUUUGGAAAAGCAAGAAUCCAUCUGAACAGUCAAUUUCUAAGCUCCGAGCGCCUUCCCAAUACGUGUAACUUCUCCAUUAAGGGUCCACAUCUCCAAGGCAGAAUGGUGCUUUCACGCUGCAAAACUCUCCUGGCCAGUGUUGGAGCAGCAUGCCACUCAGACAAGGGCGAUCAGCCAUCGUCGAUCUUGCUGAACUGUGGGAUUCCCUUUGACGUGGCUCAGAACGCCCUCCGCCUCAGUGUAGGGCGGAACACCACCGAAGAGGAUGUGGACUGCAUUGUCGAGGACCUGAAGCAGGCGGUAGCCCAGCUGGAACAGAGCAGCGCCUCUUAGUCCUGACAAUCGAGGGAGAAACCCUUUCGGACAUCACUCCCGAAGGAAAUCUAAGCAGACAUUUUACCUAGAAAUUGAGGUGCAAGAGGAUAUCUUGUACAAAGUGGGAAAUCCUCCUGCUGGGAAGAUGAAGUCACUAUGGCUGAUCCAGACCUAUCCGAGGUCUUUAGGAAUCUGGAUAUUUCAGGUACCCGAAUAUCUAUGGCCUGAAAUGCCCAGAUAAUGGAUGGCAGUAUAUUUUUUAACCCAGACUUAACCAGGUAAUCGGACUCAAGCCAGAGGAGAAGGAAGUUCCGUUGAUGGAAGGGACGCGGGAGGACAGGUAGACGUUGAGAGGGCUUGGUGGCGGGGUGAAGAGGGAGUCGAAGAAAAGCGGGACCGAAACUAGGCCUCUGGAGGUUGUUUUCGAGGAAGGGAGAUAGAGGUUUGGCAUCAGCUUCUUCUCACGUGACCAAUACUUGUCCCCAUUAUCUCUUCCUCCCUGGUGGCUGCUUCCACUAACAGAAGCUCAGGGAAAUAGCCCUCAAGAAUAGCUCACAGACACACGAGAGAGCAGAGGUGGGCGCCCGGAAUUGUGCAUGGGGUCUUCCCAGUCGGAAGGCCAAGGAAGCAGUGGCCGCCUCUGCUAUUGCUCUUUUGCUCCUCUCUCCUUUCUCCCUAGGAGCGUCCUUUGGUUCGAAAGCAGCGCUGCUGCUGAUGAGAUAGUAUGUGUGAAUGAGAGUGUCUUUGAGGGAGAAUCGCUUGCACACUUGGUCGAAUCGCUUGUGCGCGCUUCGUCCCUGGAAAUUCAAUCCUACACCUCUUCUGGCUCCGGGCCAUUUGUGUGAGCAUUCCUCAGACACCAAUGAUUUAAGAGGGGGGGGGUGUCCUACUGCCAGCAGGAAAUACCUCUGUCGUGACCUCGGUUACCAAUCAGAUCCUGGAAUGCAGUCAGCUGUCCAACAGUGAAGUGAGGCUCCUGGGAAACACAGCUCUGCUUGGCGGGACCUGUGAGGAGACGGAUGACAGCAGGAUUCCUAAGCAGCUACUGCAAGUGAUGAACUGAAAGAGGGCACACGCAAGCCAGGAAGGGAGAAGAAGCUAUUUAAAAGCCUAGCGAAGCACAUCGGGGAGAGGGCAAGGGGUUUAUGCAAGCCAUUAGAACUAUUAUCAGUUCCUUCUACGGGUCCGACACUCGUCUGCCAUUCCUUCACAUACUUAUAUCGAUACUUUUGCCAAUCUGGGGCACCGCUCGUACUAUUUCACCCCUGACUCCCUCUUCCCUAAAGCCGAGUCCUCUGAGCGAUUCUGUAACAUCACAGUUGAUAAUGUAGAAGGCUGUUCGCAUAUUUUGGACACUUGAGAGAUACCUAUUUCUGCAGAACAGAAAGGAGCAUGGAGCGAUUGCAGAUGAAAUUCCACACUCAGUCAGCACUGAUGGGUCACCAUUUGGAAUCCGAUUAUAUUUGCAGUAUGAUUAUUUUUGUAAAAGGGUCACGUAACUUCCAAACGUGUGGCAAAUAUUUGUGGCCAAAAGUAGACUCAUGGAAAUCUUUUAAUGGCAUAAUUUAUUCAGUAUAAAAAUGUCUACUAUAUAAUGAUCCUCAAGAAAA